GCUUGAAACGGCCCAUCGAACUGUUAUUCCCUCGCAGUAACAGCGAUAUUUUUGAAAAAAAAAAAUAAUAAUAAUAAUAAUUCUAAGUACACAAAACUUAAGCCCAAAAGUUUCAGUGAGACUGCGUCGUAUAGCCUACCCACCAGCUUGUACGGAACUAUAUUGUCUGUUUUCUUUAAAGGAAAUCGGCAGCUUUUGAGCUAGACGACACAGUCAACAUGUCCUUUUUCAAAGGACUUCGCAAGAAAAAGGACAAAUUUUUGGGAGUUGAAGGCAUUGGUUUCAAGCCGGCUACCCAUGUCGACCCAACGGUGACCAGCCCGGGACUGGCGAUUUUCACGCCGUCACCUCUCAAGUCGAGCAAUAAAACGGAAAAUACUAGCAGCACAAUUUCGGUCGCAGCAAAUACCUCAGCCGUACCCACCACUACCACUUCUACUACUACCACCGGCGAAUUCAUUCAAAAAGGGCCGGCCACCAUCAUCAACCCUCUUGCCAAGCCAAUAGCCAACAAGAAGGCGGAGGAAGAACAAUCGACAAUUGCUCUGCCGACUUCACCCGCCAGUGCAUCACAUUCGAACCACAUCACUCAGACUGCCGCCGAUACAGACGCUACCUCUUAUCAUAAGAAUCAACAUCACGGUCCAUCUAUCGGCAAUAAAGUUAACUCCAAUCCAUUAGCUAACAAUUCUUAUAACAUGCCACUAGGCUCCAGUGGAUCCAAAAGCGGUGCCGUUUUGCCCGCCCAUUCGGAUGGACAUUCGAAUCUUGAAGAAUUCUUACGUGAGGCCAAGGAGAAGUUUGAAGAACAAUGGAAAAACCAAUCUCAAAAUACGGCGUGCUUAGAUGACUUCGACCGAAUCAAGACCUUGGGAACGGGCUCGUUUGGUCGCGUUAUGCUCGUCCAACACAAAUCGACCAAAAAGUACUAUGCCAUGAAAAUUCUUGACAAACAAAAGGUGGUAAAACUAAAGCAGGUGGAACACACGCUAAAUGAAAAAAGAAUCUUGCAAGCAAUUAGUUUUCCUUUCCUUGUCAGCUUAGAAUAUCACUUCAAGGACAAUUCUAAUUUGUAUAUGGUUCUCGAGUACGUCCCUGGCGGCGAAAUGUUUUCUCACCUGAGAAAAAUUGGACGAUUCAGCGAACCACACUCGCGGUUUUAUGCAGCCCAAAUCGUUUUGGCCUUUGAGUAUCUCCACUACCUGGACCUUAUAUACAGGGAUUUGAAACCUGAAAAUCUUCUUAUUGACAGUCAUGGAUAUCUAAAGGUGACAGACUUUGGGUUUGCUAAAAGAGUUAAGGGACGGACAUGGACGCUGUGUGGAACUCCCGAGUACCUUGCCCCUGAAAUCAUUCUCAGCAAAGGUUACAACAAAGCUGUUGAUUGGUGGGCACUUGGUGUGUUGGUGUACGAGAUGGCUGCUGGCUAUCCUCCCUUUUUUGCCGAUCAACCUAUUCAGAUAUAUGAGAAAAUUGUCUCAGGGAAGGUUCGAUUUCCGUCGCAUUUCAGUUCAGAUCUGAAGGAUUUACUGCGCUACUUGCUACAAGUUGAUCUGACGAAGCGUUUUGGUAAUCUAAAGAAUGGAGUAAAUGACAUAAAGAAUCAUCGUUGGUUCCAGUCAACUGACUGGAUUGCUAUCUAUCAGAAAAAGGUUGAAGCGCCUUUCAUCCCCAAGUGUAAAGGACCAGGUGACACAAGUAACUUCGACGAUUACGAAGAAGAAGCACUAAGGAUUUCGUCUACAGAAAAAUGUGCUAAAGAAUUUGCCGAGUUCUAGAGAAGAGAGAAGAAUAAGGGGCCCCGGCUAGGAAUUGUGGCGUCCUUGUACCGAAUGCCAUCAUACAUUUUGUAUUUGAGUUGAAAAAAAAAACAAAAAAAAAAACAGAACGGCAUUCUUUGCCCAACCCACUGAACAUCCCAACCUCAACCCUUUGUGGCGUUUCUGUUGUCUUUCUACCUGAUGAUGUUCAAUUAUUUGUCGUCAAAAACGCGUUCUGUGUGCCCUCUUUCUUUGUCACUCAUCCUCCCAGACUUAUAUUUUCCAGUGCAACUAAACAACAGCACAGGCAACUGCUAGAGUUUAUCGCGGAGGUAGAACUUGAACUUCAUCUUUACGUUUGGUUUGAAUAUUUAAAAAAAACUGUUGGUAACCUUUAGUGAUUAGUUCUGUCUUGAUGAUUCAUAUUUUGGUACUAGUCAUUGUUGUAGCUCUUUUCCUUCGUUUCCUUCAUGCCACCUCCGUCUACGCCCUGUCAAUGUUGGUGACCGUCGUUGUUUCAAUUUAUUAUUCCUCUACAUCCGUUUGAAUGAAGCCUAUUGGUCUCUCAAACUUCAUUGUAUUCCUUGUUGUAAGGAUUGAGUUCCCACUUCACCCGUUUUUUCUUAAUCUUCUUUAACAAACAAAAUGUAUGCAUAUGAGAGAGAACUAGAAAAAUCAUAACUUGAAUUAUAGUUUUUGCAUGCUCAGCUUCCUAUCUUCACUUUUUCGUCUGUGCGCAACAUAGAGCAUUUUAAUUUCGAAUAAGUGCAUAUCACAGUUCGGUGAAGUAUAUGGAAUCUGGACGGAAGACCGCUUAUUAAACACUUAGUUUUCUCAGAAACAUUCAUCCAUAUGUUCCCACAAUACAUAACUUGGGUAUUUGUGA